AUGCACGGCCAAGCAAUCCUCGCCACCGCCCUCCCCCUGGUAUCGUAUGCCAUCGCGCGUCCCCUCGAGUCGCGUGAUGCAUCAACCGAUAUCACCAUUACCAAGCUCUCGGCCACAUUUCCCUCGUCAGGUCCCUAUGGAGAUCCGGAGGUGGACUCGUUUGUCACCAUUAGCGUGACCUACCCGGACCCUGCGGCGGCCGACAGCGCCACGCUCAGCACCACUUGCACCGUGUCUUGGCCUAGCGGCACUGACCCAGCGCCGACCGAGUGGACCGACUGCGUUGACCCCACGCUGUCAUUCCGCCUGCCCACGGAUGGGUGGACAAGCACUGGCAACUUUCAAGUUGAAUUGUGGGAGACAUUGACGUCGGAUGGCGCUGGUCUGGAUGCUGCGCACCUGCUUCGGAUGAACCCCAGCGACCCCAGCAGCGCCGACUCGCUGCUGUGGUGUCAAACAUACGGCAAGUUCACCGCGACACAAUGCACACUUUCGGGGCCGUACGGACAGACGCCGAGGACCGUCACCAUCUCGGCGACCGAGGGAAGCGCCAGACCGAAUUAG